CGAAGAGAAUGGGUAGCUGCAUGUCCUGGAAACUGCAGGUUGACAGUGAGUUAAACCAGGUUUCAAUUUCAGUUCAGUGGCUCAGCCCUGUCCGACUCUUUGUGACCCAAUGGACUGCUGUACACCAGGCUUCCCUGUCCAUCACCAACUCCAGGAGCUUGGUCAGACUCAUGUCCAUCGGUUGGUGAUGCCACCCAACCAUCUCAUCCUCUGUCUUCUCCUGCCUUCAGUCUUUCCCAGCAUCAGGCAUUGCGCCCCAAAUAGUGGAAGAGGGCCAUUUAUUGCAUAAGUAAGAGUCUGCGCAGACCCAGGCAAAGAGGAAAUGAGUUCCACACAGAGGGACGGCCUUGGGUGAAGUAAUACAGUUACAGAGGGGCUAACGGCGAGAGAUCUUAUAUCAAUGUGUGAGGUCAGCGCGCCUGAGGUUGAGGCCUUAAGUGAGGGGAGCAGUGAUUUCUGGUGGGAGCUUCAAGCUCAGCUGCGAAUCACGCUCAAUUGGGCCAUCUCUCCAUUCUCUCCCCGGCUCUGGAGGCUUCUUCAUCUGGGGUGGGACCGAGCCAGGAGGGCAGGGGGUUGUGGGGAACGCAGGGAGCGGAGCUGGGAGGGGGAGGGGGAGGGGAAGGGAAGGGGGAGGAGGCGGGGCGCGGUUGCGCCGCGUCACCCUGCGGCGCGUCCGGAGAGGCGUAGGCAGCCAUGGCGGGAAGCGAGCCUGGCAGCCGAGGGAGCUCUCCUCAGCCUCCUCACAGCGACUGGGGCCGCCUGGAGGCGGCCUUCCUCAGCGGCUGGAGGAACUUCUGGCAGUCGGUUGGCAAGGAGAGGGCGGCUCCAAGGGCCUCCGCGGAGGAGACGGACGAGGAGGCCAGUUCUCUGACGCGGCUGCCGAUUGAUGUACAGCUAUAUAUUUUGUCAUUUCUUUCACCUCAUGAUCUAUGUCAGUUGGGAAGUACAAGUCAUUAUUGGAAUGAAACUGUCCGAGAUCCAAUUCUGUGGAGAUAUUUUCUGUUGCGGGAUCUUCCUUCUUGGUCUUCUGUUGACUGGAAAUCUCUUCCAGAUCUAGAAAUCUUAAAAAAGCCUAUAUCUGAGGUCACCGAUGGUGCAUAUUUUGACUACAUGGCAGUCUAUAAAAUGUGCUGUCCACACACAAGAAGAGCCUCAAAAUCUAGCCGUCCUAUGUAUGGAGCUGUCACCUCAUUUUUACACUCAUUGAUCAUUCAGAAUGAACCACGAUUUGCCAUGUUUGGACCAGGUUUGGAAGAAUUAAAUACAUCUUUGGUGUUGAGUUUGAUGUCUUCUGAGGAACUUUGCCCAACAGCUGGUUUGCCUCAGAGGCAGAUUGAUGGUAUUGGAUCAGGAGUUAGUUUUCAGUUGAGCAAUCAACAUAAAUUCAACAUCCUAAUACUAUAUUCAACUACAAGAAAGGAAAGAGAUAGAGCAAGGGAAGAACAUACGAGUGCAGUUAACAAGAUGUUCAGUAUACAAAAUGAAGGGGAUGAUCAACAAGGGAGCCGGUACAGUGUAAUUCCACAAAUUCAGAAGGUGUGUGAAGUUGUUGAUGGGUUCAUCUAUGUUGCAAAUGCUGAAGCUCAUAAAAGACAUGAAUGGCAAGAUGAAUUUUCUCGUAUUAUGGCAAUGACUGAUCCAGCUUUUGGAUCUUCCGGGAGACCAAUGCUGGUUUUAUCUUGUAUUUCUCAAGCUAAUGUAAAAAGAAUGCCCUGUUUUUAUUUGGCCCAUGAGCUCCGUCUGAAUCAUCUAAACCACCCUUGGAUGGUCCAGGACACAGAGGCUGAAACUUUAACUGGCUUUUUGAAUGGUAUUCAGUGGAUUCUUGAAGAAGUAGAAUCUAAGCAUGCAAGAUGAUCCUCCUUUUCAACCUUGGCUACUGAAAGCAUUUGAAACUUGUUACUAAGGUCAUGAUGUGGAUAUUUGCUCAAGUCAGCUCAUUCUGCCCUGCCUUUUUGCAGGUAGGCUUUACGUUGGACAGCUGUCACUACUCUAAUUUUUAUAUAACUUUUACUUUUUAACAUAAAUCAACCACAAGAAAAAAGUUUCAGUGGUAGCAUUUGGCCCCAAAAUGAACCAUUUAGGAUUUUUUAAUAACUCAUAUAUAUAUAUAUAUUUUUUUUAAUAUUAAAUUCUGGAAAAAAAACAACAACAAGUUUGUGCCUCUCUCAUUCUUCGUGGUUUCUCUUCUGUUCAGUUCAAAGAUUGCCAUCAUGGGGAAUAGCAAAUUUGCUAAGCUUUCAAUAGGUUCUUUUCAAGGGUCCUUAACUGGUUAUCAGAAAAUAAGUUUUAUUAUUUUUAAUAAAUAUACUGCUUAAAGAUUGGAAUAUUCACUGAAAUUUCAUUUACUGGUAUGGCCAUACAACUUCUCUUUCUUUUCUGAAAUAGUAGAAAUUAACUUUUUGCCUUAUUCAAUACUAAUUCAGUGAAAAUAGCUAGAAAUUCUUGCUGUUUUCAAGUAACCUGAAAGCUCAUGAAGUACUAAAGCCAGAUUUUUUUCCUUGCUCAUAAAGAAAAUAUUCCAGAGACAUUCAUGAUCGUAUGACCUCCUACUCAUUAAUUGCUUCCACUUUGCAGAGGAAACAGUCCUCCUAUCUCAGUGGAAUUGAGGGAUUUAAAAAUUACAGUUGAAAAGAGCAUUAUAUUCUCAGUGGUGCUGCACCCAAGAAAUAGCCUCCAUCCUACAAGCGGGUGCCAUUCUGAAGAAAGGAGCUCUCACAUCUUGGGUGCAUUUAUCUAGCCCUUAACUUGAGCACUUGUAGUUGGGGGAAGAGUGAGAAAUGCUGACAUCCUGCUUUUCCUAGAAUGGAAGCCCUGUAACUUAGAGAGAGAAUGCUGUUUCCUUGACUGCCUUGGUCUAGAAUGGAGUUUCUGUCUUUCUGAGCUGGAGGAGGGAUGUCUUGGUUUUUAAUAACUUGGUUGUUAAAAUCCCACAUACUCUUACUGUUCUUACUGAGGUGUUUUUUUUUUUUUUGCUGUAUACUCUUAGAUUUUAAUGAUUUUUUAAAGUUAAUUUUCUCCAGUUUCUCUGGGGAACUGUUACAUGGUACUCUUCAUGUUAUUAUGCCAAAAAUACAUCCUCUCCACUUUUAAUUAUGUGUAGUUAGUUAGGUGGCUCAGAUGGUAAAGAAUCUGCCUGCAAUGCAGGAGACCUGGAUUCAAUCCCUGUGUUGGAAAGAUCCCCUGGAGGAGGGCAU